CCGUGGCAUGGGCUCCGCGGGCCUGCUCUGGAUUUCCUUGGCUCUCGUCACGCCAGGGGUCCUCGGUAUUUUUUGUGACCCUCCUCCUCCUAUCAGAAAUGGCCAGAGUAGUUAUACUUCUGGCCCCGUACCUCUUAAUACUUUGGUACGGUACAAUUGUCCAAUUGUCUUCCGCCUCAUCGGAGAAAAAACUCUUCUUUGUAUAAGUAAAGACCAAGUGAAAGGAAUCUGGGAUAAAGCCGCUCCUAUAUGUGAAUAUUACAACAGAAAGUCUUCUUGCUCUGAGCCCAAAGUACCAGGGGGACGCAAAGUUAAAUCGUCUGGACCACCAUACAGACAUGGUGAUUUUGUGACAUUUACCUGUAAUACCAACUUCACCAUGAAAGGAAACAAGUCCGUUUGGUGCCAAGCAAAUAAAAAGUGGGGGCCGACACCACUACCAACCUGUGAAAGUGAUUUCCCCCUGGAGUGUCCACCACUUCCUCAGAUUCCCAAUGGACGUCAUACAGGAAAGAAUGCUGGCCCCUUUGUCCCUGGAUUGUCUGUGACUUACAGCUGUGAACCUGGUUACUUGCUUCUCGGAGAAAAGACCAUUCGCUGUUUGUCUUCAGGAGACUGGAGUGCUGUCAUUCCCACAUGUAAAGAGGCACAGUGUAAACCUCCAGGACCAUUUCUCAAUGGGCAGAUAAAGGAGCCUCCAAGUCUUGGUGUUGGCGCAGUUGUGAACUUUUCUUGUAAUGAAAGGUACCGAUUAAAAGGCCAAUCUUCUAGUCAGUGUGUAAUUGCUGGGCAGCAGGCUUUAUGGACCAAGAUUCCAGUAUGUGAAGAAAUUCUUUGCCCACCACCUCCUCCCAUUCUUAAUGGAAGACAUACAGGCAACCCUUCAGCAAACGUUUCAUAUGCAAGCACAGUCACUUACACUUGUGACCCGGACCCAGAGGAAGGAGUGAGCUUCAUCCUGAUUGGAGAGGACACCAUCCAUUGUACCGCUGACAGUCAGAAGUUUGGGAUCUGGAGUGGCCCUGCCCCACGCUGUGAACUUCGUAUUUCUACAAUUCGAUGUCCACCUCCCCAAAUCCUAAGAGGCCAAAUAUCAUCUGGGGAGAAAGAUCAAUAUUCCUAUAACGACACUGUAGUAUUUGCUUGUGUGUUUGGCUUCACCUUGAAGGGCAACAAGGAAAUCCGAUGUAAUGCCCAAGGCAGAUGGGAGCCAAUGCCACCAGUCUGUGAAAAGGCUUGCCAAGCUCCUCCUAAAAUUCUCAAUGGGCAAAGGGAAGAUAGAUACAGGACCCGCUUUGACCCUGGAACAUCUAUAAAAUAUAGCUGUGACCCUGGCUAUGUGCUGGUAGGAGAAGAAUCCAUACAUUGUACCUCUGAGGGAGUGUGGACACCCACUGCCCCCAAAUGCAAAGUGGCAGAGUGUGAACCUAUAGAAAAGCAUCUCUAUAGAAAACCCCAGUAUCAAUUUAUUAGACUGGAUGUUAACUCUUCUUGUGAUGAAGGGUACCGGUUAGGUGAGAGUGUUUAUCAGCUGUGUCGAGGCAAGAUUCCUUGGUUUAUGGAGAUUCGUCUUUGUAAAGAAAUCACCUGCCCACCACCCCCUGUUAUUUACAAUGGGAAGCACACAGGAAGCUCCUCAGAAGACAUUCCAUAUGGAACCACAGUCACUUAUACAUGUAACCUGGGGCCAGAGGAAGGAGUAAAAUUCAAUCUCAUUGGGGAGAGCACCAUCCGUUGUACAAGCAACCAGCAAGAGAGGGGCAUCUGGAGUGGCCCUGCUCCUCUCUGUAAACUUUCCCUCCCUGCUGUUCAGUGCUUACGUGCCCACGUUGUAAACGGAUACCAGAUAUCUGGCAAGGAAGCCCCAUAUUUCUACAACGACAGUGUGACUAUCAUAUGUAAUAAUGGAUUUACUUUGAAGGGCAGUAGUCAGAUUCGUUGCAAAGCCAAUAACACCUGGGAUCCUGAAAUACCAGCUUGUGAAAAAGACUGCCAGCCACCUUCUGGGCUCCACCACGGUCGGCAUACAGGUGGAAACAGGGUUCUCUUUGUCUCUGGGAUGACUGUAGACUACACCUGUGACCCUGGCUACUUGCUUGUGGGAAACAAAUCCAUUCACUGUAUGCCUUCAGGAAAUUGGAGUCCUUCUGCCCCUCGGUGUGAAGAAGCACCAUGUCAACCUGUGGGAGAAGAUGUUCAAGAGCUUCCAGUUGAUUCGCAUGUGAUACUAGUUAAUACAUCCUGUCAAGAUGGGUAUCGGCUGACUGGACAUGCUUAUCAGAAGUGCCAGGAUGCUGAGAAUGGUACUUGGUUUCAAAGGAUUCCACUCUGUAAAGUUAUUCACUGUCAUCCUCCACCAGUGAUCGACAAUGGGAGACAUACCGGUAUAAUGGCAGAACAUUUUUUAUAUGGAAUUGAAGUGUCUUAUGAAUGUGACCAAGGAUUCUCUCUUCUGGGACAGAAAAAUAUACGAUGUAUAAGUAAUUCUAAAGGACAUGGAUCUUGGAGUGGACCUCCUCCACAGUGCUUAAAAUCUCCUCCUUUGACCCACUGCCCUAAUCCAGAUGUCAAACAUGGACAGAUACUAAAUAAAGCUCCUUCUUAUUCUCACAAUGACACUGUAAACAUUGCCUGCGACCCUGGCUUCCUCAUGAAUGGCAGUCACUUGAUUAAGUGCCAUACCAAUAACAAAUGGGUGCCAGGUGUACCAACUUGUAUCAAAAAGGCUUUCUUAGGAUGUCAACUUCCAUUUAAGAUCCACAAUGGGAAUCAUACUGGUGGAAAUAUACCUCGAUUUUCUCCUGGAAUGUCAAUCUUGUACAGCUGUGACCAAGGCUACUUGCUGGUGGGAGAUGCUCUCCUUAUUUGCACACACGAGGGAACCUGGAGCCAACCUGCCCCGAUUUGUAAAGAGGUAAACUGUAGUUUCCCAGAAUAUAUGAAUGGAUUCCAGAAGGGGCUGGAGUCUGGAAAAAGGUAUCAGUAUGGAGCUGUCGUCACACUGGAGUGUGAAGAUGGGUAUACCCUGGAAGGCAGUCCCCAGAGCCAGUGCCAAGAGGAUCACCAAUGGAACCCUCCCCUGGCUGUUUGCAAAUCACAAGGCUCAGUGGCUCUCCUUCUUUGUGGUCUUUCUGCAGGUUUAGUAAUUCUUAUCUUCUUGAUUAUUGUCACCUUACACAUGAUAGUAAAACACAGAGAACGCAAUUAUUAUACAAAUAAAAGACCUACAGAAGGAGAUCUUCAUUUAGAAACACGAGAAGUGUAUUCUGUUGAUCCAUACAACCCAGCAAGCUAAUCAGAAGAUGAACUGUGUGCCUUCUUGCUUGGAAUCCAAGCAAACUGAACAUGGUCUGGAAAGAAACCAUUCGAGUAUCAGCAAGUCUAUUUGUAUGGUCUCAGCAUCAAUUAAAUGAUUUCAUAAGCUACAAUUUCCUAUAUGCACUUAUUCUCAAGAAGA